AUGGUGAACGGGAAGGAAAAAAUUGCAUACUUCUACGACAGCGAUUACACAGGCUACUACUAUGGGGCUGACCACCCCAUGAAGCCUCAGCGCAUUGCCAUGACGCAUCAUCUCAUCCUUGGAUACGGUCUUCACGAGCAUAUGGAUGUCUACCGCCCACGUCGAGCCCAGCACGACGAGCUGACUGCCUUUCACAACAACGACUAUGUCGGAAUGCUGCAGACCACGACCCCCGAGGAGGCGCGCUCCGACCCUCGUGCGUUCCUCAAGUAUGGGAUCGAGCUGGAUUGCCCCAUCUUCCAUGGCCUCUUUGACUUCUGCAGGCUCUAUGCUGGGGCCUCCAUAGACGCUGCGAGGAAACUGGUGAACGGGGACGCCGACAUUGCCAUCAACUGGGCGGGCGGCCUGCACCACGCCAAGAAGGGCGAGGCGUCGGGCUUCUGCUACGUGAACGACUGCGUGCUGGGCAUCCUGGAGCUGCUGAAGGCCCACGCCCGCGUGCUGUAUGUGGACAUCGAUAUCCACCACGGCGACGGCGUGGAGGAGGCCUUUUACACCACCGACAGGCAGGGCAAGGGGCCCAGUGGGGUGAUGACCGUGAGCUUCCACCUGAAGCGGGAGGGCUUCUUCCCCGGCACGGGCGCGCUGGAGGACAAGGGGGAGCUGCUGGGCCGGGGCUACUCGCUAAACGUGCCGCUGGACGAGGGCAUCGACGACGAGCAGUACUUGGGCCUCUUCAGGCCCACCCUGGACGCCGUCAUGCGCAGCUUCCAGCCGGGUGCCAUCGUGCUGCAGUGCGGUGCCGACUCGGUGAAGGGCGACCGGCUGGGGCCAUGGAACCUGUCGCUGCAGGGGCACGCGGCAGCGGUGGCCCACGUCAAGGCCUACGGCGUGCCCAUGCUGGUGCUGGGCGGGGGCGGGUACAUCAAGACCACGGUGGCGCGGGCCUGGACGCUGGAGACGGCGGUGCUGACGGGGCAGAGCGUGGAGGACGCGCUGCCGGAGAACCCCUACCUCGAGUACUUUGGGCCCGACUUCCGGCUGGGCUGGGACCGGCCCAAGUACAACGUCAACUUCAACAAGCGCGCCGACCUGGACCGGCUGGGGCGGCGUGUGCAGGAGCACAUGCGCUCGCUGGCCGCCGCGCCGGGGGUGGGGCUGUCGGCGCACCCGCCGGAGGCCCUGCUCCCCGCCUGCGACCUGGAGGACCCAGAGGUGGUGCAUGCCCGGCUGGGGGAGUACACCAAGGCCCACUGCGGCCACUUCCUGUGGUGUGUGGAGGAGGGGUACGCCGGCCCGGGCGCCUGA